AAGCUACCGUACAAGCCUGCAGAGUCACGAAGACUGGCAAGGUGAUCUCAAAAAAAUCCAGAAUACAGAAUUUAUUAAAAGGUGUUUUUUGAGAAUUUGGAGCGUCACUGUCACUACGAGAUUUAUUAAGACAUAUUGGUGGAUUGUAUAACGUUUAGUUUUUGAAAGAAUUAGUAGAUAGUUUUUGUUGAUGCCUGAGGAAUUCUCCAUAUUCUGUAUGUGAUUUCUGCGUAUUUAUCGAAUCAUAUUUUCUAAGAAUUUGUUCACUGGAAGCCAUUGUGGCGCACGUCCGUCAUGGAUGACAUAGGGGAAUUCUUGAAAGUCCCACCACUGAAUGGAUACCCCCCUUUAAAGCCAAGAGAACCAUUAGCUGUAAAGUCUACCAACUCCGAUUCGACUCCUGCGCAUUACGUAACACUGCAGCCUCAUCUACCGAUUAACGCUAUCGAUUCUCAGACAUUCGACUCGUUUUUUUCGUCUCCAAUUUCAACAAUUACCCCUAAUCAAUCCGUUUUCACGAUGUCCGGAGGUGGGUUUUCGCAUCAAGCCCCAGAACCAACCUACACCGUUUUAGCGCCGACAUCCUCGGCGUUCCCCAGAGUAGCGCAGAAUAGUCCUGCCGUUACAUCGCCCAGCUGGAGUCCGACGCCAGUGCCCCCAUCACCCACUAGUCGCACAGAAUAUUCUAUGCCCGCAUUCUUUGAUUCUAUGCCCAUUAUGCCCACGCUUACCGAUCACCAGGAUGAGGACGGCAUCAGUGUUUCGGGAGAAGGAGAGGACGGUGUUAGCGCGUCUUUGGGAUCGAAAGGCGACAGAGGCCACCGCAAGGGACGACAGCGGGUGGAUAGUGGUCCUCUGUCUGCGCACGCCGUCUACGCUCGGAUGAACCGAGAGAGGAAGAAAAAAUAUCUAGCGGAUUUGGAGAAAUAUAGAACCGUCAUGCGAAAGAAGCAUACGGAAGGACAGCGUGAAUUGGAGCAGAUUCAGAAGGAGUCGCAGUUAUUAACUGAGGAAAUAUCCAGAUUGCGAAGUAUUCUGACCGGAAACAAGACGCUGAUGGCGUUGCUGUCCAUGGGGCAUCGCCCAAAGGUGUGAGCGAAGUUUGCUUGCGGUUUCCACGCUCUUUCUGGAUCACGGAUGCACAUUUCGUAAUUGUGCUGAAGAAGCACAGGAAUAUUUUUUGAUUAUUGUAAAUUCGCACUUGUAUUUUUUCGGAUAGCUGUACCUCGCCACGGUUGUCUUACUUUGAUGUGGCAACCUAGUUUUGCCGAACAUUUCGGCGCCUUAAUGUACGCACUCAAUAUGGGUUACUGAAUGCCAGACUCCGAAUUUGUUCUUUAGCUGCACUUAUGUUUUCUGCUAAAAUAAAACGAAUGUUUUGAUUUUG